CAGUAAGUAGCACGCGGGCCCUCAUUCUGAUUGGGGUGUAUGAAUCAAGCAAAGUCACGCACGACGAGAGUCGAGUCGCAUAGAGUCGGCAGAGGUUUCCAACAAUCGUGAGUCGUGAUCGAGAAUCUUGAAUGAUCGAGUUUUGAGUCUCAAAAGCUCGAAUCGUGAAUGCCAACACGGCCGAGCAUUCAGAUCAGCGUCCGCUGCUGCCUGCCUGUUUAAAUCCACCUUUCCUUGCUGGUGCGAUCUGGCAGCCAUAAGCAACCACCACCCUUCCAGUACAAGCGAACAGGGCACGAAAGGCCAACCCAUUCUGACCCUCGCAGCGGCAACAUGGCCGCCUACAGCUCAUUCCUUGCAAAGGCGCACCUCUUCCCUUUGGUCGGAGGUGCGUUAUACGUCACCUUCAUCCUCUCGCUGAUGUACUUGAAGGACUUUCAAGCGCAGAAUCUCUUUCUGCACAAGAUCGUCUUUCCCUUCAAUCCUCAAUUCGACGAACCGGAGAGAUAUGGUCUCGCUCCGCACAAGACUCGCAACCUCAGGCUGAAGAGCGACGACGGGAUCCAAAUCGGUGCCUGGCACGUCGUUCCGGAUAUCCACCUCCGGCAGAUUGUGCAAAAGUUCGACGACCCUGCUCCAUCAGAUUCCGCAUACGAUGCCGCACUCAAGGCCUACCCCACUGUCAUCUACCUGCACGGUAACGCUGCCAACAGAGCCGCUCCCUUCCGCAUCGCCUCCUACAACCAAUUCACAAACAGACUUGCCGCCAAUGUUGUCGCCAUCGACUAUAGAGGUUUCGGUGACAGCGAAGGAGACCCUACGGAAGAAGGGCUAAUUCUGGAUGCCAAGGCUGCUUUCGACUGGGUCGUCGCUCGCAAGAUGGCUCAAGGGAUGUCGGAGGAGGAAGGUCGCAAUGACAUUCUGAUUGUUGGGCAGAGUCUCGGAACUGGCGUAGCAGCUGGUGUGACGCAGCGACUGGUAGAGAGGGGUACGCCACCGAACGCCGUCUAUCUCAUGGCGCCGUACAUCUCCAUCGCGCAUCUUUUGACAUCUUACCAGCUGGCAGGAUUCGUGCCAAUUUUUGCACCCGUCCGUCUGAUUCCUUAUCAUCAAGACUUGAUCCCUUACUACCUCAAUGCUCGAUUCGAGAACUUCAACGCUUUGCCGCGCCUCAUUCGAGCGUCAGGUUUGGAUCCAGAGGGGCAGGUCUCUGCAGAUCACACAGCAAAGUCAGAGGUUCGGCCAGGACACCCGCACAUCAUCAUCAGCAGCGCGACCGACGAUGACGUGAUCCCAUUCAGGCACGGAGAGACCCUGUUCGAAUCUCUACUGAGGGUUCAUUUGGGUCUCGCCACUCUACCCGGCUCUAGAGGCACCAAGGCCCAAAAUGAGAGGGAGUGGGAAAGGGAGUAUGAAAAUCACGUGCAUGUCCGGAAGGCGGUUUCGCGAGCUGGAACUUGGGCAAAGACGUACACUUUUUGGACAGACGCCAAGCUGGAGCCCAAGCAAGAAGGGCCAAGCGUCUCUCUGAUCCGCACGCCUUUUGGUGGACACAAUGGCGUAGCAGACGGCAUCAUCGACGUUGUCGGAGAGCUUUCCGGAAUCAACUUCAAUAAAGCUAGAACGCAAUCCUGAAUGAGGGCCCCGAACUCCUUCACUGAGUGUAAAUUGCACGGGUCCCAUGCGCUCGCUGCCAGAAAUAUAGAGAUACACCAAUCGAAGGUCUAGAAUCGGCCAACCCGAUGCUGGAUGCUGCUUCGGUAGCGCACUUAUCUGUGCAACUGGGCCAAAAGCUAAAAGUACAAGAUUCCGUCCUCGCGCGCUCAUCGACCUUCCUCGGGCCUCUCGCCGCAAAGUGCCGAGCGACGUC